AAUAAUACUUAUAAUAGUUUUACAAUAUGAUUCAUGUCUUUAAGCACCACCAAAAAAAAAUACUGAAAUAUUGGUUUGUGUUCUCUCUUGCUGCUUCCAUCGUCGCAGACUCGCAGUGGACAGACCCAUCUGUUUCUCUUCUCUCCCUGCUGCCUCCAUCGCACCGCCGUGACGACGUUGCUGCCUCCAUCGCACGUGCACCGGUGACAACGCUACUGCCUCCAUCUCUUUCUUUCCCUCGCAUCUGGACUGCAACUCGCGAUUUCCAGACACCAUUGCAGCGUUUCCGGUGUCUCGAACGCGGCGACGACGAGUCACGGCCACUUAUCACGAUUGACGGCCAAAACGCGUCUCUUUCGCUGAAUCGAUCACGAUUGACUGUAAAUUGAGGGGGAUUUUGCUGGAGCAGGGUUUUUCUUCCAAAUUGGGGCUUCGAAUAUGUGGCUGACGGGGUUUUGCGAAAUUGAGAGUUCCCCUCUCAGCCGUUAACCUCGUUGCAGUUCGUGUCUACGGUGGAUCCUCUUCCUCUGCAACGCUCACUCUUUCACAAAGCAGGGUUCUCAGCUCAAUCUAUUUCUGAUGGAUUAAAUUUCAAUGGUUGUGUGUUUGAGCACUGAAGUUCAUAAAUAAUAAAAAGGUCGCAAGGAGUUGGAGGAACCUUCUACAUUCAUACCCCUCUCCUGUUCAGUGGUUUGGGGGCAGGGGCUAGUCUAAUGGAGCUCAGGUCCAUCGAAAAGCUCCACCAAGCAUUUUCAUUUGAUUUUUGUUUCUUCCUGUUAUAUUAAGGUUUUUAGCUGCGUGUACCAAUUUCAUGACGAUGACAAUGGUGAGGGGAGCUCCUAUGUAUUCUUCUGCGACCCUCUUCUGUCGAAGAUUUGCCCAAUUCCGAAACCUCUCCUCAGAGACCAAACAAGGGAAUCAUGAUCUUCCCACCGAAAACCUCGAUGCUAAAGAUUGCAACUUUGUCCAUGAAAUUUGUAAGAUUACAAGAACAAAGGCCCGAUGGGAGGACACCCUUCUUUCCCUGUAUCCAUCUUUUAAUUUUUCUGAACCUUCUUUCUUCCUUCUUUAUCUUAACCACCAGAACAAUGCCUUCCUCUCCCUCCGUUUCUUUCACUGGCUGUGCUCUUCUUGUGGUUUCUCACCUGACCAAUCAUCUUGCAAUGCCCUCUUCUGUGCGCUUGUUGAUGCUGGAGCCUGUAAAGCAGCUAAAUCAUUGCUUGAUUGCCCGGGCUUCACUCCAGAGCCUGCUUCCUUGGAGGGUUAUAUUCAGCGUCUCGGCAGGUCUGGGAUGGUUGAAGAUGCAGUUGAUAUGUUGAAACAGAUUGGGUUUUGCCCCUCCGUAGCAACUUGGAAUGCAUGUCUCUUGAGUUGUUUGAGGGCUGGGAGGACUGGUUCGGUUUGGACAUUGUAUGAACAGAUGACGGAGUCCGGUGUUGCUGCUAGCAUAAAUGUGGAAACUGUUGGAUAUCUGAUAAUGGCAUUCUGUGCAGAAAACAAAGCUUUGAAAGGGUAUGAACUUCUUAGGGAACUUCUGGAAAAUGGCUUACUUCCUGAGAAUGUUGUUUUCAAUGCACUUAUUAGGGGGUUUUGUAAGGAGAGACAAUAUGCUCGAGUAUCUGAGAUCCUUCAUAUUAUGAUUGCCAAACAAUGCAAUCCUGAUAUCUUUACUUAUCAAGAAAUCAUUAAUGGACUCGUGAAGAGGAAGAACUCUGAGGGUUUCCGGGUAUUUAAUGAUCUCAAGGACAGAGGAUAUUUCCCAGACGGGGUUAUGUACACAACUGUGAUCAAGGGUCUCUGUGAGAUGGGAUUGCCUGGGGAGGCCAGGAAAAUGUGGUUUGAGAUGAUUAAAAAAGGAUUUCAGCCAAAUGAAUACACCUAUAAUGUAAUGAUGCAUCAGUAUUUUAAGAUUGGUGAUCUUGUUGAGGCAAGGAAAAUCUUUGAGGAUAUGUGCAGCAGAGGUUAUGCAGAAACCACAGUUUGCUAUACCACAAUGAUUUCAGGUUUGUGUUUGCAUGGAAGGACAGAUGAAGCACAUAGCUUGUUUGAAGAAAUGGUUCAGAAGGGCAUUGUUCGUGAUUUGAUCACAUACAAUUCUCUUAUUAAAGGCCUGUGCAAGAAUGGGGAGCUGGUUCAGGCAACAAAACUAUUGAAUGAACUGCUGGCACAGGGAUUAGAGCCAUCAGUUUCCUCUCUUAAUCCUCUUAUUAAAAGACUAUGUGAAGAAGGAGAUACACAGGGUGCGAUUAGGCUGUGGAAGGAUAUGCAGGAUAAGCAUUUGCAACCAACAGCCAGUACGCAUGAUUAUAUUAUAAGUGGGUUAUGCAAAGAAGGACAUUCUCUGCAGGGAUUGGAGUGGUUGCUAAACAUGCCGAGUUGGAAGCUGAAACCGCAGGAGCAGACUUUUGAGUUCCUGAUUAACAGUCUAUCACAAGAAGAUAUGUUGGAUGACAUUUUGGUUGUUUUAGAGUUCAUGUUUAGAAUAGGAUAUAGACUAAAAGAAAGCACAAUUCAUUCUUUGGUGAGUAAAUUUAGCAUGGAUGGUUUUCAUUUUCCUGACUUAUGGUUGGAGAAGAUCAUAGAAAGGAAUUGAUAUAACUGAUUGUGUUGUUUGUAUCUUCUAUUUACCAUCUAUGACCAAUAAAACGGAGAACAGUUUUGAAUUUCUCUUGUAAAAGUGAAGAUAUAAUUUCUGUAUAUAUGUUUCUUUUAAA